AUGCGGUACAUUCACUCCGAGGAAAGGCUGCCAAUUCCCGACAAUGUGAAGGUUCACAUUCGUUCGAGAGUUGUGACCGUCGAGGGACCCCGAGGCAAGCUCGUUAAGGACCUUUCUCACAUCGCCGUCACCUUCGGCCGCCCCGAGAAGAAUGUCAUCUCCAUCGAGCUGCACCACGGUGUCCGCAAGGGUAUCGCUACUCUGCGUACCGUCCGCACCCUCAUCAACAACCUGAUCAUCGGUGUCACCAAGGGCUUCAAGUACAAGAUGCGCUACGUCUACGCCCAUUUCCCCAUCAACGUCAACAUCGAUAAGAACUCCGAGACCGGCCUGUUCGAGGUUGAGAUCAGAAACUUCUUGGGUGAGAAGAUCGUCCGCCGCAUCACCGCUCAGCCCGGUGUUGAGGUCAUCACCUCCCCCAACGUCAAGGAUGAGCUCCAGCUCUUCGGUAACUCCCUGGAGGGUGUCUCCCAGAGCGCCGCCGACAUCCAGCAGAUCUGCAGAGUCCGCAACAAGGAUAUCCGAAAGUUCCUUGACGGUCUGUACGUGUCGGAGAAGGGCAACAUUGUUGAGGAAUAA